AUGAGGGGCCUGCAAGAGGAGUUCCGGGGCGGCGUGCAGGUGCAGCCGGCGUCGGCGUCGUCGUCAUCGUCGCACGGCGGCAGCGACGGGCGCGCGCUGUCGUGGUGGUCGGGCGACCCCGAGGCGAAGCGCCGGCGGAGGGUGGCCGGGUACAAGUCCUACGCCGUGGAGGCCAGGGUCAAGGCGUCGAUCCGCAAGGGCUUCCGCUGGAUCAAGGACCGCUGCACCGGCCUCAUUAUCCUUUUUGGCCAACAGAAGUCUGGUUGUCACAGAACCACAGAUAAUGCUAUUUCAGCAGCACUUCUAUCACAAUAUGGUUGUGUUCCUGGAGACAUUACUGUGGCAGUGAUGAAUAGUGAUUUGGGAGGCUUAGGUGGCAGGCCUACAAAUCCACAAGCAAAUCCUUUUGGAAGUGCCUUGCAUGGUGCUGGACCAGGAUUGAUCCGUACUGGACUAGAAGCAUAUGGGGGGAGGUUCUUAGAUUCAAGUUCUGAGUUUAUGCAGAGCAAUAUAACACAAUAUUUAUCCAACCCUCAGUACUACUUUCAAGUCAACAGCCAGUAUGUGAGGAACAAACUGAAGGUCAUCUUGUUCCCUUUCUUGCACAGGGGUCACUGGACAAGAAUAACUGAACCAGUAGGAGGAAGGCUGUCCUACAAACCUCCAGUCCAGGAUAUCAAUGCACCAGACUUGUACAUCCCUUUGAUGGCAUUUGGCACCUACAUUAUAGUUGCUGGGUAUGCUUUGGGUGUUCUUGGAAGGUUUACCCCUGAGGCGCUGAUCCUACAGUUGUCUAAAGGGAUACUUGGCUGGUUUCUGCAAGUCAUCCUCAUCAAGGGUCUGCUGUACUCCCUGGGCAGCGGUGAGGCUCCGUUGCUGGACGUCGUGGCGUACGCUGGAUAUGGUUUCACUGGCAUUUCCGUUGCGAUGCUAGCCCGCAUCUUCUGGGGCUACCUGUACUACUUCAUCAUGCCAUGGUUCUGCAUCUGCACGGGAGUCUUCCUUGUGAAGACCAUGAAGAGGGUUCUUCUGGGCGGGCCAAGGAGCUACGAGAGGCACCCCAGCCGGAACCACUACUUCCUGCUCUUCUUGGCGGUUGUGCAGUUCCCUAUGCUGUUCUGGCUCAGCAGCAUCAGCGGCUGA